AUGGACUCUGCCACCCAGCAGCAUCUCGCGAAACUGCUGGAGUGGGCCAAAAUUCAGUCCAUCAAUGACCUGAAUGCAGAGUCUGUGGACUACCUCAAGUACGAGCUCAAGGGUCGUAUUCCCAUCACGCAGUUCCGCGUCCGUGACCAUGAGUACUUCAAGUGGCGCAAGGAGCACCCGGAUGUCGUCGAUGUGGAAUACGAUGCCCCCAAUGCGCAUGUUAUUAUCAAAGCCACGACUAGCGUCUUGUACGACGGUGCGCUCAAUGCGUUCGAGAGAUGGUUCGACAAGUGGAGCAAGGAAAUCAAUGCGGAUGGCUCUCGUGGUCAUUACUAUUGCAAGACCUUGAUCGAUCUCCAUCUCCUGGGUAAGUACGAAGAUAGCGAAAAGCAGGCCGAUGUUGGUCUCUGGAAGGUUGGUCACCGUUACCCCUCCGUCGUUGUCGAGGUGGGCAUUAACGAAACUUUGCGUGAAGAUGGCAAGCGCUGGUUCGAAGGCACCUGUGGCAAAACCAAGCGUGUGAUUCUGCUGAACAUCACAGAGGAAAAGCGUCCUGACCUGUCUGUCAAAGACCAGACCUGGGGACUACACGCUAAACAGCUCCGUACUAUCGAACACGAUGCUCUGACCAAGCAGAUCUACGACUGGCACGAGAAGCACAAAAUCCCGCUGGUGGGUGAACGUUUCGUCUUCGACCUGGCGUCUCUCCGUCCGGGAGGCAGAAUCACGGACGCUGUUUUCAAGGCGCCGAUUCCGCAUCUCAAGUGGCAGGCGCCUGGUCGCCAGUCGAUGCAGAAGACCAUCACCGUUGUCCUGUGUGACGAUGAGGAAGACUAUGAGAAUCCGGACAAUCUGACCAAUGAUUUGAGCCUCACGAAGUUGGCGUAUGAACUGGACACGGUCAUUUCAAUGGAACUGCCCAAGGAGCGAGCUAGCAAGAUAGCUUGGGACUAUAUCGUCAAGCGCGAGUUGGAAAAGUGA